AUGGCGGAGGCUGCGGAGGCUCCACGGCAAAGGUUCUUCUGCCACUGCUGCAAAGGUGAAGUUGACCCAAAACUCCCGGAAUAUGUGUGCUCCAGGUGUCAGUCUGAUUUCAUCGAGGAGGUGGAUGAAGGUUCCAGCCUCCUGGGGAGAGGUGGUGACUCUGGAGCGUCUGUUGUUGGUGAUGACGUGGCUUUGCAGUUUACAGAGCUUUGGCAGCUGCUGUUUAUGGAGCGGUCAGCUCUCCUGUCCGACCCCAUGGGCUCCACCGCUGACCCACCUCAGAGCAGCACCACUGAGGAAUCAGUAGGGACUGGGGACCCUCAGACAGAGACAGAGUCCCUGGAGGCCCUGUCAGAGAGCGCAGAGCAGAGCCAGUCUGGUGACCAGCAAAGCCCAUCACAACCGGAGCAACCGCCAGCAGUGGAAGGGAUCGUCCAGCAGUUUCUGACUGACUUGUUUACCAACUCUGGCACUACAAGUUCCCAAACCUCAUCAUGGUCCAGCAUGCUACACUCACACCCUGGGGACUAUGCCUGGGGACAGGGUGGCUUAGACGCAGUCAUAACACAGUUGCUGGGUCAGUUGGAGAACACUGGUCCCCCCCCAGCAGAUAAAGAGAUGAUCUCAUCCCUCCCCACCGUCAAUGUCUCCUCAGAACAGGCUGAGAGUAGGCUGGAAUGCCCUGUGUGUCGUGAGGAAUACGCGGCUGGAGAGUCCGUGCGGAAGCUGCCCUGCCAGCACUGCUUCCACAGCGACUGCAUCGUUCCCUGGCUGCAACUGCAUGACACGUGUCCGGUUUGUCGUAAAAGUUUGAAGGGUGAAGACCAAAGUCUUCAGUCUCAUCUCAUCCAGCCCCUGGCCAGUCCCAGCCCUGUUACCACAGGAUCAGGGGCUACCCGCUCUCUCUGA